UGGUCGUUCACUUGUGUUUAUUGCUCGGCUGGAAUGUUUCUACGUCAACGCAUGCGCCCGAGAUCCUUCCGCAUCUUCGUAUCUAUAGCAACACCAGUACACAAGCGCCGACACGUCAUGGUCCGCAUCAGUGAGGAUCUGAUCCGCCGCAGAGCAGAGCACAAUAAUGGCGAGAUCUUUUCCCUGGAGGAGGUUUCCCUCCAUCAGCAGGACAUUGAGAGGAUCGAGCACAUUCACAAUUGGUGCAGAGACCUCAGAAUCCUUUACUUACAAAACAACCUCAUCCCUAAGAUAGAAAAUGUGAGCAAACUAAAGAAGCUGGAAUAUUUAAAUUUGGCACUAAACAACAUUGAAGUCAUUGAGAAUUUAGAAGGCUGUGAGAGUUUACAGAAACUGGACCUCACAGUGAAUUUUGUGGGUAAGCUGAGCAGUGUUGAGUCUCUAAAGCACAACCUUCAUCUUAGAGAGCUCUACCUGGUUGGGAACCCCUGUGCUGAAUUCCAGGGAUACAGACAGUGUGUAAUUGCCUGUCUCCCUCAGCUACAGUGGCUGGAUGGGAAAGCAAUCGGACGAGCUGAGCGUAUCCAGGCCUUACAAGAACUGGAUGUAGUGCGAAAGCGCAUCAUAGAGCAGGAGGCGGCGUACUGGGAGAAGAGAGAGAAGCAAAAAAUGAAUGGCUUAAGAGAAACGGAAGACCAAGGGCAAAUACAGAACCAUACUCAAAUAAACCAGUGAGUUGGUCACUAAGACACAAACUGGAAUGACUCACCAGAAUCAGACGAAGAAAAUAAGGAAAGGGAAUUCUGGGAAAAGCCAUGCGCAUUUACACCAGAGUCCAGACUAGAAGCCCAUCGCCAUCUGGAGGAAAAGAAAAAGACAAAGGAGAGAGUGAGAGAGAACCAUGAAGCCAAAACUCCCAGAUCUCUGAUCACUGCAGAUGGACGAGUGCUGAACCUCAACGAGCCCAAGUUGGACUUUAGUCUUACAGACGAUGAGAACAACAACUGCAUGCUCUUGGACUUACAUGUAUACAGACAUCUGGACACCUCACUGUUGGAUGUGGACGUUCAGCCAACGUACGUAAGAGUGACCAUCAAAAGAAAGGUGUUCCAGCUGGUUUUGCCUGUAGAAGUUAAACCCGACAGCAGCACAACCAAGAGAUCCCAAACCACCGGCCACCUGCUCCUCACACUUCCCCUGGCACAGGGAGAUAUCAAACCAAAGAAACACAUUGCUAAACCAAACAGCACUAGCGGUGAGCCAAAAACAGAGAAAAACAAGACAAGGAUGUCGCGUGGGCGAGAAUUAUUGGAGGUGGAUCCCAGUAAAAGUCUGGCUGGGAAUCUGGCCAACAUUGUUUCCAAAGGAAAAGAUAUUUCUCACCAACCACAGCAGGAAUUACAGGCACAUCAGCAUUGUGGCUUUGAGGAGAGGCCUGUGUCAAAAGACUUUGUGGAUGAUCCAGAAGUGCCUCCGCUCAUGUGAGGAAGGGAGAGGGAAGAGAAUAUAUGCUAUGCUAUGACACAGCAAGAGAGCAUAAGUGAUAAUCACACACUGCUGAGCUUGUGGAAGUAUGUGUGAUGAAAUAUAUUUAGCUCAUCUCAUUAGACAUAGUCGAGCAGAUGAGUAACUGUCAGUAUCAUUACAGCGUACUGAAUAUUUCAAUGCUAAAGUUUUGUCAUCUGUGUGUGUGUGUGUGUGUGUGUGUGAGAAAGACCAGUCAUAUUUGCCAGCCAUAAUGAAGUCAUAGUUCACCCAAAAAUAAAAUUCUGUCAGUAUUUACUCACCCUCUUGUCAUUUUAAACCUCGUUGACUAAACGAUGACAGCAUUUAUUUUUGGGUGAAGUAUCUCUUUAAUGUCGCUGAAGUUUAGCAACAAGCCUAAAGAUGAUGGUCAAUGGCACCCAAACCCAUGACGUUGACAUUACUUGCUCAAACUCAACCAUUCAAGCUACAGGAACUACAUUAAAAAGUAAAAGACCAGAAAAAUGCUCAAGUUUUGGUCUGAUCGUGUUUCACUUUAAAUGCAGUUAUGUUCACAGGUCCGUGUGAGUGUUUGGUUCAGAGAUAGAAAAUGUCAUUACCCUGGUAUGAAAACAGUGGAAGUGUGUGCGAUAUCCUCGCUAAUGUGGUGAAACACACUUGUGUGUGUGCAAAAGAGGUCAGACACAUGCAGAACUGCCAACCGAUGAGAUCAUGCUGCCUCAGUAUUUCUAUUUUCUGGAGAGCAAGCAUAUUAGGUGCACACAACUUAAACACACACACCAAAGGUCAAACACAGUUUUCGGAGCUGACACUUUUUUCAAUGUUUCAAUGUUUCAUUCUUCAGUGUUGAAGGUUGUGUUCUUUCCCCUGAUGUUUUAUGUGUCUGCAGGUGAAUUAUCGGGAUGUGCAGAUGGGCUUUGCUGGUUUCAUUUCCCCCUUUAUUAAAAACUCCUGUCAGAAGAUGAGUAAUUUAUUUUGCUGCUGACAUUUAAACACCCCUGUGCUUCGCUGGACUAAAUCUUAUAAAAGCAAUUUAAGAGAUACUUUGGAUAAUGCAGUAAACCAUUACACAUUACACAUCAAAGAGCAUCAUUUCUAAAUUUAAUAACUCAUGCUUCACAGGUUUGAAAUAUAUUUAAAAUGAGAUCAAAUGUCAGAGACCCCUUGCGAGGAUGCUUUUAUUUAUCAUAUUCUAAUGUCAUAUAAUAUUUGAUCACACAUAGGGUUAAGAGCAUAAUAAUUAGUUAAAAAAGUUAAACUACAAACUAAUCUUCUGUAUAGGACUUAACAAAGCUAAUGUCACAGAUUUGCUUAUUCAAAUAGAAACAUCAAAAUAAUGAUUUUUCAAGUCAAAUGUUCUGUUCAGAUUUGUAUGACUUUUUAUAUGUAGGGUUUCUUUUGAAUGGUCUCAGACUUUUGACCCCCACUCUAUGCCAGUGAAAAUUUACUAUUAAAGGGUUGAUUUGAAGUGUUUUAUUUGAUUCAUGUACUGUGUUUGCAUGAAAACUGGCGUUAUCAUAUGGACAAUUCAGUUCCAGUGUCUUCUGUAAGUUUUGAAAUCGGUCAGAAUGAAUAAAACAUGAUGAUCUCACCCA